UCUUCCAGUUCACUCCAGCCUUAUAACCAAUCAUCAUGGCAUUUCUCGGUCUUCGUAUUGAGGCCCAUGGCGCCCUUCCUAGCAGCAAGCGCAGUCACCUUUUACCUUGUCUCAAAGAUGCAGGAGAUGGGUGUUCGUUCGGAGACGUACGCCAAGGAUCCUAAAAACCCGUACGGUGCUCAGAUUGCAAAGGAAGCACAUCAUUAGAAGGCAGUUUGAC